GAGGCUUUCAUGAAAAGGAGGAAUAAGGCUCAUGAGACAUGACCUCUCAUCAACAGUUUAGAACAGGUUUCUUCUGCCACUUGUCCAGAAAUGUGUUCUGUCAAACAAUCCUGUUCAUUACCUGUGUCAACCCUUUUCAUAUUUCUCCCAUGAUGCCCAACUUGCAUUCAGCUUUCUCUGCUACACGCAGCACCAGCAUGAUGGGUGGCUUUCAGAGAGUCGUGACCUUUGACCGUCUGCUUGUCAACGAGGGUGGUGACUUCAACCCAGACACAGGCAUCUUUCGUUGUCGGAUCGCUGGUGCCUACUACUUCACACUGACAGUGGGAAGGUACCCUAAGAAGUUGCUGUCUGUGAUGCUGGUAAAGAACAGGCAGGAAGUGCGGGCUAUGGCAUAUAAUGAGUACAGGAAACAAGGUAGAAAAGUUCAAAGCCAGAGUGUCAUGAUUAGCCUGUUGCCCAUGGACACAGUAUGGAUGCUAGUGCAGCUGAACCCGGACUAUGCCCUUUACAGCAAUCUUGCCCCUUAUAUCACUUUUUCCGGCUACCUAGUAUACCCAGAGUCCACAUCCUCUGUGGGAUACCUGAGCAACCACCUUGGCCAUGAGUGCCUGCGCCCUGGAGACCCGGGUUAUAGCUGGAGAGAAGUCGCUGAAUAUCUCAGGUCUGCGUUUUCAGUAGCUAGGACAUCCUCUGUGCUGGGAGAAAGCAAUAGUCAUAACAAGAGGGAUGCUUUGACAUUCGAUGUGGAGUAUGUGAACAUCGGUGGACAUUUCAACAAGUCGUCUGGCCAAUUCAUAUGCCAAGUGCCAGGAGUGUACUUCUUUGCAUUCACAGUGGGGAAGCACCCUCGACGGGCUGUAUCAGUGAAGUUAAUGAAAGGGACAGGUGAGGUGCAGGCCAUGGUGUUUGAUGAGGACAUGUCACGCAAAAGAGAGAUGCAGAGCCAAAGUUUGUUGCUAGCUCUAAAUCAAGGUGAUAUCAUUUGGCUUUACAGCCAGCAAGAUGAGCACUACGCCGUUUACAGCAACCAAGGACGCUACACUACUUUCACAGGCUUUCUAGUCUACCCCAAGUCUGAUUUCAUGAACAAGGAAACUCUGCAGUGA